ACACAGACAGAGGGAGAAAGUGAGUGUGUGUGAGAGAGAGAGAGAGAGAGAGAGAGAGAGAGAGAGAGAGAGAGAGAGACUCCCAAAAUCACCUAGACUACCUGCUCCAUCCAGCACAACAAGGGGUGGAGGACGCACAAGUGCAAGCGCGUCCGUGCGUGCCAGCCGAACAAGACAAUAAACGAGCAUGCAAAGACCGCAAAUCCAGAAAUUGAAAUAAGAGUUUAUCUUGAGAACUCUUUGGAAAAGAGCGCAGCUUUGCGACAAGAAACCAAGACAGCCUAUGUGAGUACACGGUACGAAGAGCCAUGCAUCUCAACAGAGAAGAAGAUAACAGCAAAGGCUCAGUGUCUCUCAGUGUAUUCCUGGUGUCUGUUGCGUCCGUAGUAUGUGCCGUUUGGCUGGUAGCUCUGUGUGGCGUCUGCACCUGGUGUCAACGUAAACUGGGGAAGAGGAAUAAGCCCGGGGUGGAGGCUGCCAGCUCUCCAGAUUCUGUGAGAGGUCGAGGGGAAAAUAAAGCCAUCAACCACAAUGAUCUGGACAGAGACUUUUGGAACAACAACGACAGCAGCAACGUGCAACAGAGGUGGAGCUCCUACCCGCCCAAGGAGUUCCUCUUAAACAUGUCUCCCUAUGCUCCCUACGGAGACCCUCGCCUCACGCCCAAUGGGGCCGUGGAUAAGGGUGGGCAGGGAGGUGCUGGACCCUCGCCGGGGGCCAGUGACAGCGGGGGUGGCGCUUGCUCUGGGUCUGGGGCUGGGCCCAGUCGCAGUGACAGCAUUCGAAGCAUGGUGAUGGGGGGCAGCAAGGCCGGGCGCUGGCAGACGGUCCAGAGCCACAUGUAUGCCGGAGGUCUACGGUUUGGCAAUUUCGGGGACGCUUCCCUCUCGUCUGCUUCCACCCUGGAGCACAUCCCGUCCUCCGCCGUGGGGCGCCCUCGGCCCUUGGUCCGGCAGCAGAGCCUCCAACAGCCCCUCACUCACCAGCCCCCUCCGGGCCCUAACGACCCCCCAGUCACCUCACAGAGCCUGGGCCAGCUGCACACAGGCCCAGGCGGCGGGGGCCACCGCGGUGGCCCGCGCGGGGUCCGGGGGAGUCCGGCUGGAGCCUCCAGGUACAGAGGUGCAGGGGCAGGUCGAUCGAGGUCAAAUCCUGGCAGCUGGGAUCACAUGAUGGAGCAGAUACGCCACAGAGGCCUGGACGUCAAGUCGUUCUUUGAGGGGAAGAUGGUUGUUCUGUCUCUAGCAAUCGGGCUGGCUGAACAGGAUGACUUUGCCAACCUCCCAGAUCUGCAGGAAGCGCCAGCAAGCAAAGAAAACGAAACCACACCAGAAAAGAGGACUCCGGGUAACAAACCAGGCAGCAGCCCCAGAGGUCAGACCCCAGACGAGAGCGGACGCCGCCACGAUGCCAACUCCUCUGUUUCUGACUUGGCCAACUCCGUCACCAGUGACCAGCUCAUGUUGUCUCCGGGUUCGGAGGAAGAUGACCAUGAGGGUCAAGUGUGUGAGAAGCUGGGUCGUGUUCAGUUCAGUGUUGGAUACAGUUUUCAGGACUCCACCCUUACUGUCAAGAUUCUCAAAGGCCAGGAUUUGCCUGCUAAGGACUUUUCCGGCACCUCUGAUCCGUUUGUCAAACUCUACCUGCUGCCAGACAAGAAGCACAAGCUGGAGACCAAAGUAAAGAGGAAGAAUCUGAACCCCCACUGGAAUGAGACCUUCCUGUUUGAAGGGUUCCCCUAUGACAAGGUGGUCCAGAGAACUCUAUACCUGCAGGUUCUCGACUACGACCGCUUCAGCAGGAAUGACCCCAUAGGAGAGGUGUCCGUCCCCCUCAACAAACUGGACCUGGCUAACAUGCAGACUUUCUGGAAGGAGCUUCAACCAUGUAGCGAUGGCAGCGGGAGUCGAGGGGAUCUGCUGGUGUCUCUGUGCUACAACCCCACAGCCAACACCAUCACUGUGAACAUCAUCAAAGCCCGCAACCUCAAAGCCAUGGACAUUGGAGGCACUUCUGACCCCUAUGUAAAAGUGUGGUUGAUGCACAAGGACAAGCGUGUGGAGAAGAAGAAGACGGUGGUGAUGAAGCGCUGCCUGAACCCUGUUUUCGAAGAGUCCUUCCCCUUUGACGUGCCUGCACACGUGCUGAGGGAGACCACCAUAAUUAUCACCGUCAUGGACAAGGACAGGCUCAGUCGCAAUGAUGUCAUUGGAAAGGUAUCUCCUUCUCUCUUCUUCACUUCUUUCUUCUUCUUCUUCUUCUUCUUCUUCUUCUUCUUCUUCUUCUUCUUCUUCUUCUUCUUCUUCUUCUUCUUCUUCUUCUUCUUCUCUUCCUCUGUGUUCUCCUGACUCUGUGACCAUCAGCGGCUGAUCACUGAGCCAGUCUCUACUGACCCCUGCUGGAACACGCAGACCCAUCUUGUGCGUCUUAAAUUAAUAAAAACACUUCAUUUUGAAUGUUUACCAGUUUUCAUUUAGUCUUCCACCAACAACAAAUAAGCAUGACAUGCAUGUAAAUGAGGUCCAUGCUCUUAUAUGUAAAUACAGUCACUCCUUAAAACGUACGUUUUGCAUUUUCACUAGAUGUAGAAGGUGUGUCCAAAUUCCCCCAACUAUAACUGUAAUGUGCCUUUUGAUUUGAAUAUAAGGAACAUGGUAUUAUUGGUUUUAUGGUACAGUAUAUAUAUGGGAUUUGUUGCUUCAACAUUUCAGUUAUAAUUCAUCUGCAAUUUGUAUGCUCGCCUCUGAGAAAAACAGAUUGAUUGCCCUGAAGAGAAAAUCUGCUAGUUCAAACUUAUCAAGGACCUGUUGCACACACCAAGAUUAAGAAUGAACCUGUGAAUGUGUAGGUUGCAGGGUUAACAAUAUAGGUGUGUUGUUGUUUUGUCAUUGGCUGGAUAAGGUCUUUUAUUUCCCAAAAAAUUGUCAGAAUGUUUCCUUGUGCUAGUUAUGGAGAACAUUGAGUUUAGAUGGUUUUGGUCCGGUAGUUAGUUACUUGCUUUUUCGGAAGAAUUCCACAGAAAGAACUGCUCUGUUUUAAAUAUUCAUUAAUGACUCGUUCAUCAUCGGAAACUUAAUCCUUCAUAUAUGCUCAACUGUAUGGUUACUGGUAGGCAUUCUUCCAAGUUCAGCUGACCUGCUGUUUACUGACUGAGAGAGUCUAUGCUAUGCUUGCUCAGCAAUUAAUUGGAAUUAAUUAAUUGAAAGUGUACCAAUUUAACUCUCUCUAUUCAGCUAUAAUUAUUGCCAAAAGACAUUGUUCUUUUCAGGAAGCUUCUUAGGAAAUUAUUAGGAAUUUCCACACUCAUUCAUAUCAGUAUUUAACUUAACUGGAGAAUAGAGCUCUAACACAAAUCAUAAAUGUAUAAUUUCUGUCUAAAUUAUUGGAAAGAACCCAAAACUCAACUCAAAUCCUUAUUCUUUCAGACACUGUAAUAACAUAUCUGAGCUGUGUACUGCAUGGAUGAGCCACUGUGCUCUCUGUCAUUCAUACACAUGUGCAUCUACAGUAAUUGCCAUCAAACUACAUAUAUUAUCUGCCUACACACAGCAGUAAUAAUAGGUUGCCUAUUAUGACCACAGUCAUAAAUAACGUGCAAAUGGUCGGAGGGCACUGAAAACUUGAACAGCAUUUCCUGCGACAUGUACAGAUCAGGAGUUUCUGUCUAUGAGAAUUACUUAAAGACUCAGCCUUUGAUCUUCAUUAGCAGCAGCAUUAGCCUUUCUCUGAGUAUUUCAGCGAGUGAAAUCUCUUCCUGUAAUGGCUCUUUUUCUGCCCGGGAUUUGAGUUAAAUUCCGAUUAGAGUGGCAGGCUUAGUGGUGAAAGCAGGGCUAGACUUAAGACGCACAGUGAUGCUUUUUUACUUAAUACUUCACUGUAUUUUUUUUAGAGAGGGAAGCUCUUUACAAAUAACAUCAAUCUAUGUACUUGGGUUACAUUGACUCUCUC